ACCGAACUCCAACAAACAAAAAAAUAUUACUUGUGAAAGCAUAGCGCUGUUGGUACAAUUGCGUCUUAUUUUAAUAUCUAUUAAUAUAAUAAUUCAUUUUUAAAGAAACAAACCAUGUGCAUGAACUCUUGAGUGAGUGUAUUACUUGAAAUAUUAUAGUUUAUAAUGAUGCAUAAUAUUUGUACUCACUUGAAUACUCAAGUGACCCAGCCAGCAAUGGCCACCAUUUUAGAAUCGUUCGAAGUAAUUGUAUAAAAAUAAUCGAGCAAGAUGGUGUCGACUAGGCAGAUGAGUAGUAUCGGAGGUGGCAAUGGGAGUAACGAUGGUCCUGGGCCAUCUCAUGCAGAGCCUGUAACCGUAGCGCGGGUAACACGCCACUCUAGUGCUUUGCUCCCUGGGGGCUCCUCGCCACACGGUUUCUCCAAUAAAAAUACUAUAGUACCGGCACCUAAGACGUAUUCAACUAAUUUGCUGGAUUUGCCUAUCGAAGUUUUAGAAAAAAUAUUUCGCAAUUUGGGAUUCAAAAGUGUCUCGCACCUUAGAAUGGUUAAUCGGCAAUUCAACACUGUAUGUAGUAGCAUUCUAAAUUCAACAUUUCAACGGUUACAAAAUCAGAUGCUUCAUAGAUUUCAAGCAAUCAAAGCUAAAAUGCCACGCAGAGAGUCUGCACGAAGGAGCCACCCACUUGCUUGUGAAUCUGAUAUUAUUGAAACUCUGCACAUGAGAUUGAGCUUAUUACAAAUGACAUUUGGCAAGCACAUUGAAAGGAAACACUGUUGUUUUUUCCCAGGGGAGAUUCUUGAUGAAGUAUACAGUAUUUUAUCUUAUCUGAAAACAACAACAAAAUUAGCAAGGCCUUACAAAGUAACAGAUGAGCUUUUUGAUUUAACAACUAUGGCAAUGGAAUAUUUUAAAGAACACAUUGAGCCAAACUUGCCUGAAAUCACAUAUUUUGGCACGGAUUUCUUUGAUAUCACAACAGCCUUCUCACCGGGUGAGAGCAGUAAAUCUUACAUUUGCUUGGACUCCCCGCCGCCCAGCGGGUUUGAGUCGUCGUCCCAGCAGGCGGGCGGUGCGUCCACGUCCGAGCGACGCGUGUCGUCGCUCAACCUCUACAUGGAGGAGAGCUUACCGCCCUCCCCGCCCCCACCGCAGAGCAAUAUGGUCUUAAGGAAAAGAAUACACCGUAUUAAACAAGGCAUGAAGAAGUACAACGAUCAGUUAUCUGCAUUGAGAAGUGAUCUUCGGAGUUGUAAACGUAAGACAGCCCUUCAGCAGAAACAAAUAGCAGAACAACAAAAACAGAUUGCGGAACAACAAAAGCAAACUUUAGAGUAUGCUAAUCGAUUAGAUGACUAUGACAAAAAGAAUGAGGAAACAAGUCGGAAAUUUCAAACUUUACUACAGGAGCUGAAUAAGUGCAAAACGGAGCUGCAGUAUUGGCGCUCGCGCUCGCCCGCCGUGCCGCCGCUCUGCGCCGAGUGCGGCGCCUCGCUGCGACUCUCGCCGGCGCUGGCGCAGUGGGCGGCGGGUUCGAGUGCGGACGCGAGCGAAGAGACGGCGGGCGGCAGCAAGGACUGCGCGGACGCAGCCAUGGACACCCCCACGGAGACCAAGCCUGAGCCGCGAGACGUCGACGACAACACGCACACGCCGCCCACGCGCCGUCGCGCCUCGGCCGACGCCACGCCCGACCGCAAGAAACGCCGCCUCACUAGACCUAGGAAGCUAUGAAAACGACAUGACCAUCGACGUCGAGGCAUGCGACUGCUCACCGUCGACGCUUCAUCGAACUUAUAUUCUACUGUUAGUGCUAGAGAUGGUAUAUAAAGAGUGAGUACCCUACAGGAGAGAAUAAAAACUGAUUAUUAUUUCUUUUCUCUCUGCCCUUUCAAUGGUAACUAAUGUUUACAACAAAGCAUCAAAUUCAGGGAUAAAAAAUCACUAAAAAUCGACUUUUUACAAUUUAAAUUGGAACUUUUCUUUUUUAUAUGCGACUAUUAUUAUAUUUGUACUAACAGUAGUGUAUGUGUUGCGUUAUUUUGGUAUUUGUAAUUAAUUUACUUUAGUACAUACUUUAUGGAAACGAAUCGUAUGACUAAUUAGUAAAAAUAGUGCACUUUCAGAGUUGUGCUGCAAUGUCGACUUACUAAUGUUCUUUCUAUAAAAGAUGGAAGUACUUAUAACAUUAAAUCGUAUCAUGCUUUGUGUGUAAUACGACAAUUUUUCGUUUCUACAAUAUACUCGGGAGUUCUGUAAGAGAAAAUGGCGUAUAUAUUCACUCAAUAAUUAGAAAAAGCUUAGAAACCCUUUUAUAAGUUAUAAAAUGUUAGAAAUAAGUAUUCGUUUCUCAAAUUUUGAAAGCAUAUAAAAAUUCAGAUGAUUUUUUUGUAACUUUAGUUAAAAUAUAAUUAGAUUUUUUUCCAGAAGGUCAGAUAUUUAUUUUAUUCUUCAGUAUAUUAAUAGACCAGGAAAGGUUAAAGUAAAAUUAUGAAAUCUUGCAAUAGAAAUUUAGCGUUAUAAAAAUAUAAUAUUUAAAAAUAAAAUGACACAAGGGAUAAUAUGUUUUAACUAAAUGUUUAGUGGCCUAUUGGCAUUGUAUAUGUAUAUUACAUAAGGCAUGUGUCACUCUACAAUCGCUCCAAUAAAACGAAAGUGACCACAAACUAUCUAGUGGUCCAAUCUGAUUAUUAAUUGACUAAAUAGUGAUUUCAAUUAAUGGAUCAGAAAUAUUCGAUAGAAUAAACAUAACUAUUAUUAGUGUUUUUAAUUCUAUGACUUAGUUAAUUUGCUAAACAACAUAUUGGUAAAAGUCUAAAAUAUAAAAAAGGUUGUGGUUUUCAAAAUAAUUUUAUACAAAACUAUAAAAUUUUUUUUAAUAAUAUGUUCAUGCUUAACUUUAAAAUUGUGAUUUUUUUCUUCUACAGAAACCAGUAUACGUCUUGAAUGUAAUUUAGUUAACUUAAUGUAGAAACGAUCAUAUUAAAGCACACUACUAUGUAUUAAGAAAGCAAUAUCAAAAAAAAAUAAUUUAUAAAAAUAUUUUAGUUAUAAUAUAUCAAGCCGAAUUUCAAAACGUUGUUUAUUGCGAAAAUAAAUGCGAAAUUAGCAAUACAAUAUAUAAUGAACAAUGUUUAAACCAUGCUAGAUAAACAGUUUAUUGAAAUGGGUCUUAAUUAUUAAACUUUAACAUGGAUGGACCGAAAAAAUAUUACGAACAGUAUUUUCAUUCGUAUAGUAUGAAAAAUCGGAGAUACAAAAGAUAUUCCAAUUAGUGAAGUUUAAUAUAAUAACAGUAGCUAGCUCAGUUAAAUCAUACUUGACUAAAAUGCUAUAUUAAUUCUAAUUAGGUUUGUUAAUAUAAGUUUGUAAUGCUGUUAAAAAAUUUAAAAACAACUAGAUUUGUUUUAAUAUUAGAAAUGCAUUAUAAUAAUAUUUAGUUAAGAUUCGUUUUACAGCCCUUGUUUACAUCUGUGAAUAGAGUUAGGAGGUGGAAUGUUUUUUAUUUGUAAAUAUUUUUAACAUAAAAUCUCUUGUGAAAUGUACAAAUAGCUUAUAUUUAUGAUCGUAUAAAUAUACAAUUUUAAAGUAAAUAUUUUGUGACAUGGUGUAUAGUUAAAAGUUAAAAGAAUGAUGCCGCAUAUAGUUAUUUUCCCAAACAUAUGUGUUACAUACAUGUAUGCGCGGGCUUCAAGUCACUUAUUCUAAACACAUAUCAAAAUAAAUUCCGAUAUAAGUCUCUGUUAAAGUCAGUCAUGCUGGUAUCAAACACGCACAAUUAGUAACAUGUAUAAUGAAACAUUUGAGUUUAUUGUUAAAAUAUGUUUUUGUGGAUUCACCUUUAAUUUUACGAAUACUUAGCAUUAGAAAAUAUUAUAUUUUUAUAUUUAUCGAUAUUAUAAUUUCAUUGCGGUCCUACGUUUUAUAAUACGUUGUAAUUAUAAUAGAACACUGGUGGUAGGGCUUUGUGCAAGCUCGUCUGGGUAGGUACCACCCACUCAUCAGAUAUUCUACCGCAAAACAGCAAUACUUGGUAUUGUUGUGUUCCGGUUUGAAGGGUGAGUGAGCCAGUGUAAUUACAGGCACAAGGGACAUAAAAUCUUAGUUCCCAAGGUUGGUGGCGCAUUGGAUAUGUAAGCGAUGGUUGACAUUUCUUACAAUGCUAAUGUCUAAGAGCGUUGGUGACCACUUACCAUCAGGUGGCCCAUAUGCUCGUCCGCCUUCCUAUUCUAUAAAAAAAAAAAAAAAGAAUAAGGCUUACGAGACGAAAGUAUAACUCAUGUAAGAAAUCACUUGUGCAGGAUGAGAUGCUUUUUGACAAUAAGAAUUUUCACUUACCAGCUCUACCACAGUACGAAACAUGCCUUAGAAUUUACCUAUUGUUGUAUUUUAGUUUACGACAUUAGAUAGGCAAAAAAAAGGCAAAGGAGAAAUAUAUUUUCAUGUUCUGUAUGUAAAUCUACAUCGAGGUAAAUUGCUUACGCGUGUUCAAAAUAUGGCUUGUAGUCGAGUGCUACUGAAUACCUUUGCCAUGUUAUAUUUUUGUAUAUAGUUACUAUUGUACAUACUAUGUAUGCUGUGUGUAGAACUGUAGAUUGUUUCACAUUGCUAGAGUGAUAAGGCUUAUUUAUAAAGUGAAAAAUAAUAGAUAUGUCUAGUAUUGAAUAUUAUAAAAAAUUUGUGAAAACAAUGAAACAUCGGUUGAUUAUAGAAUCGAGGUAUCAAAUUUUGUUACUUCUGUUUAUAAAAUCGGUUGUAAGUUACAAAUUGUAAUGCUAAAUAAUUUCUUGUGCAAUAAUAAUUUUGUGGCUCGGGCACACUUAGUGUGACAUUAAAUAUAGCAUAACACUAGUAUAACAAUUAGCUACAGCGUAACUUUUCUUAAGGCCGAUAUUAUAGAACUAAAUUUGUCGAAAUAAUCAUAUACAAUCUAUUUUGUAUCGGUGUUUAUAUUUAUCUUGAUUUUUACAUUGAAAUGAAUGCAUUGUCUUAUUUUUGCUGACACUUAACGAAAACAAUUUAUUACGAAAAUAGCGAAGUGUUCUUCCGUCAGUUUUUUUUUUUAUUAUUAUUAAUUUAAAAGAUUAGAAUAAUUAUCAGAUUGUAUGUCACAAUUGAUUAAUGAUUUAUUCUUUCAGUGGUCAACUACAAAUAAGUACACUACGUAUAUAACAAAUUAAAAUAAUAUUUCCGACAUUAAUAGCCUCAGUAUUUGAAUUAGGUGCAUCGUUGCUUAAGCUAAGCUAAUUUAAGCUGCGCGCAAGGUUUUACCCGUGUUCAUUUCGAUCAUAACGUGCCCUUUUCAAAGCAUAAUAAAUACUUGCCUACAUUUCGCCAGAUUCGUUGCAUUUAUGGUUUCUGCUCAGCUUGUUAGCUCGUUUUAUGAAAUAAAUCCUAAAAGGUAAUACAUAUAAAGGGGAAAAAAUCAGGGUAGUUGACUCGAGAUUAGGUCAUAACAAUACGAACUGCAAUUUUUUAUAGAUAUAUAUAGAUAUGUCUCUGUUUCAUACUUGGUUCGACGUUAGUAAGUUAGGAAACUGGUAUCGACUAGCUUAUUAUAAUACAUGUUUAUAUUUAAAAUCAUCGGGAACACAUAAACCCUUCGAUCGCCAUUUCCUAAACUGCACCAAAGAUUCGUUUCAGUAUUUCACGUCUUGUAACUUCAGUUUUGUUGUCUUCCUUGUUUUAAAGGCAUGUGUUUAUACGGGUUUAAACGCACACAAAAGCAACCCGCAAUAAAAUUAAAAAACGUUAUUCCAAAGCCUUUAAUUUAACGAAUAUUGAUGGGUACCUCAAAUAUCACUGCUUAAUCGUCUGCCCUUGACACGAGAUAAUUUAAACGACAAUAAUAUUUAGAUUACUUUUAGAUUUCAAAAGUUUAUAUUAAAGGUGAAUGUUACAAAUGCUUUAUUUAAUCAUAAUUUAGCCAAUUUUAGUUUGUCGUGUAUAUAUUAUAUUAUAAUAGAAUAAGUAGCCCAUUUUGAAAUAAUUUCUGAACUCGCAAUUUAUUUGUGAACACGAAUUCGUUACUAAGGUUAUAGAAGUUUAUAAUAUUCUUCCGUUUAUUUUAUGUUUAAUGUGGCUAUUGUGUGAUGUGUAAGUUCUGUAGAGGUCUAUAAAGUUAAAAUAGAUGUUUAUACAUACCUGUAAAUUAUUCAAAAGUCAACAAAGAUUGUAGACUUUAAAUCAUAAUAUUAAAUAAAGUAAAGAGGUAUUACUAAUUUAAUACAUGUUGUGCCUAAAUUAAAUUAUAUAUUACUUACUACGCUUGCUUAAUUCAGGUUAUAAUUGAGUUCAAAUAUCAAGAUCAGAAUCAAAUUUGUAUACUGAAUUGCUUAUAUUUAUUGUAAAAUUUGCUUCAAUAGUGCAAUAAAUGAGUAUAUCCAUUGAAUGGUAUUUUUUGUGGCAAAUUUUCGAUUUUUCGAUAAUAAAAUUACAAAUGCGAUUUUAGGGCUGUAAAAGUUUAGGUUAAAAAAUUCUGUUAUUUGAAAAUGUAAGUGCACAGAAAGUAUGGCAAAAAUGUUGUGUUCCGAUAGUGUGUACAACCAGCAAGACUGUCAAUUGCUGUAUAUAUAUAUCCUUAUAAUACGAUAGUUUUACUAUAAAGUAUUUUUAUUAGACGAAAAUAAAAUAAAUGUGUGAAAUCCA